AGGGCUCAUAGAGCCUAUAAAUACCACCCCUUGCUUUCUCCCAAUUCCAUCAAUAAUCAUUCUCACACCUCAUCAAACAAAAAUAUUCUAAGUAUCCUCUAAAUUUGGUCACUAUGAAUACUCGAGUGUUCUUCAUGCUCGCUUUUGCACUCUUCUUUGCAGGGGCAAAUGCGACUACCAUUACCAUAAAAAACAACUGCCAAAGACCCAUCUGGCCAGCAACCCUAACCGGAGACCAAAAACCCCAACUCUCAACCACUGGUUUCGAGUUAGCACCGGGAGCUAGCCGUUCCGUGGACAUCCCAGCUGGACGUUGGACAGGCCGCUUCUGGGGCCGAGACCGUUGCUCAACCAAUUCUGGCAGGUUCACGUGUGCCAGCGGCGAGUGUGGGUCCGGCAAGGUUGAGUGCAACGGCGCAGGCGGAGCCCCACCGACCACUCUGGUCGAACUGACCGUGGAAGGAAACGGAGGACAGGAUUUCUAUGAUGUCAGCAACGUGGAUGGGUUCAACUUGCCGGUUUCGGUUGUGCCACAAGGCGGUAGAGGUGAAUGCAAGCAAUCAUCUUGCCCGGCGAACAUCAACGCUGCCUGCCCGGGUCAGCUCCAGUUCAAAUCUGGAAACGACGUCGUUGGGUGUUUUAGUGCUUGCGCCAAGUUUAAUGAGGACAAGUACUGUUGUAGAGGUGCUCAUGAUAAGCCGGAAACUUGUCCUCCAAGUGACUUUUCUAGGUUCUUCAAGGCACAAUGCCCUGAAGCUUACAGCUAUGCUUAUGAUGAUAAGACCAGCACUUUUACUUGCUUCGGUGGACCAAAUUAUCUCAUCACUUUCUGCCCAUGAAACAUAUUUUAUAAUUAUAUCAUAGAACAAAAGAAUAAUUGAUAACAAUGUUGAUCAUGUAUGUUUGAUUACAUUGCCAAGUUAUAUUUUAUACGAAUAAUAAAAGUUUCUUUUAUAUUUCUACCAA